UCACUGCGGAACGCUACACUCACGAUCAUACAUCCGGUUUCUGAUGGCAGUAUCCUUCAACAUGCUUUCGCAAGGAUAAGACCCGAAAGUUUGGACAGAAAUCUGAAGAAGUUUAAAAAGAGGAGAGCACAUUACUACACGAGAUACUUUCAAGGUCAUUGAAGCUUACAGAGGAUAAUGGUGCUAAAAAACAUCAUCCAGGUUGCCCUAGCAGGUGCCCAAGUAGUGGGCAAAGCGUUUGGCAGAGCUCUCCAAUCAGAGAUUCGAGCUAGUCAGCAGGCUGCCCAGAGACAUGGGGGUGGCAAGGAAGGCCGCAGAAAGGCUGCCGCAGACACGUCUACAGGAAUGAGCUUACAGGAAGCCACACAGAUACUCAAUGUAUCCGAAACAGACGGUCAUGAGGAAAUACAGAAAAGCUACGAUCAUUUAUUCAAAGUUAAUGACAAGUCUGUCGGAGGAUCAUUUUACAUACAGUCUAAGGUUGUGCGUGCGAAGGAAAGGUUAGAUGUAGAACUCAGAAAAGAAGGCCAAUCACCGCCGCCGCCACCACAAUCAGAGGAGAAAUCUUGAUCCAGGAGAAUCUAGGGCGUGUGAGAGGGAGUGUUAAUUUGUGUGUUUGAGAAAAUAAUUGGGGUGAAUGUGCGACAGAUUUUAUAUAUGUUUAGUGGAUGUUGUACGAAUGUUUAUCUGAUUCAACAGUCAUCUAACAAACUGAAUAGUUACACCUUGGUAUGCCACAAGUCGUCUAAUGAGACAGAGGAAUUACAAAAUAAUUCUUCAGUAGAAUAAAUUUCAUAUGAAAUGAAUAUCAAAUCCACAAGUGUAUUGUAAAGUUCUAGGUUUUAUCUAGGACCGUCAUAAUGAAAUUGUCUGCAGGAAAAUACAUUUUCUAUAAAAUAUCACAAGAGCUGGAACUUCUAUUAUGCAGUAAUUGGUCACUUUUCUGUUGUUGUGUUCUUCUGUGAUUUGCAUUAGUUGUUUUAAGUUAAAUUACAUGUAUACAUGUAUAUGUAAUUCACAAAAAAAUAUUAUUGUAUAAAAAGAAUAUUUGGUAUAUUUGCUUUCAGUCUUGAUUCAAAUGAAAUCCUCCACCCUGUUCCCUACGAUACACUACAGUGUAGGAUCUGACUUGGGGUCAGGUGAACAUAACUCUGACAAGAAGGUGUGUCUGUAACUAGAACUUCAUUAGAAAGCCCCAUUUAAUUGAGGGGCUCCAUGACCUAACCACACUGCUGUCAGUAUUAUUGUUUUGGUUGGUGAUUUAAAGUCAUGGAUUUUGACCUGAAGUUAAAGAGAACUUCUUUCAAUAUUCUCAAACUGCGUUAGAGGGCUUGAGAACAAUAAAAAUAAAGCAGCCAAUAUUUAUAAACACCUGUACACACAGUAUAAGAUAUAUUGAUGUGUGUGGUGUUUUGUGAAGUAAGAUAAGGGAGAUGUUUGAUUUCUACUGUACAUGUGCACAAAUAAUGAGUGAAUUUCUGAAUUAACAUAGUCAUUAUGUAGCUGAAACUGAUGUCUGUUUAAUAAAAACAAAAAAUAUUACUCAAGUCAGCUGUAACAAAGGGAUACCAUUUGUUUUGUGGAAUGCAGGGAAAAAAAUAUUGGUAUGUACAGGGUCACAGUGCCAUCCUGUCUCUUGUCAUACUUUUAUUUCUAGAAUAGCCAUCAGAUAAUUAAUUGAAAAUACAUAAUUAUUUCCUUUUCCAUUGCGAUUUCAUAAAUACACCAGUACUUUUCUGUCAUUACAUAUACAACUUUCGAAGAAUUUACACUCAUUUUAUAGUCACCUACUUCUCGCUGCCCGUACAAAAGUAUAUUACCUAGGGUAUAUAGUCACCUACUUCUCGCUGCCCGUACAAAAGUAUAUUACCUAGGGUAUAUAGUCACCUACUUCUCGCUGCCCGUACAAAAGUAUAUUACCUAGGGUAUAUAGUCACCUACUUCUCGCUGCCCGUACAAAAGUAUAUUACCUAGGGUAUAUAGUCACCUACUUCUCGCUGCCCGUACAAAAGUAUAUUACCUAGGGUAUAUAGUCACCUACUUCUCGCUGCCCGUACAAAAGUAUAUUACCUAGGGUAUAUAGUCACCUACUUCUCGCUGCCCGUACAAAAGUAUAUUACCUAGGGUAUAUAGUCACCUACUUCUCGCUGCCCGUACAAAAGUAUAUUACCUAGGGUAUAUAGUCACCUACUUCUCGCUGCCCGUACAAAAGUAUAUUACCUAGGGUAUAUAGUCACCUACUUCUCGCUGCCCGUACAAAAGUAUAUUACCUAGGGUAUAUAGUCACCUACUUCUCGCUGCCCGUACAAAAGUAUAUUACCUAGGGUAUAUAGUCACCUACUUCUCGCUGCCCGUACAAAAGUAUAUUACCUAGGGUAUAUAGUCACCUACUUCUCGCUGCCCGUACAAAAGUAUAUUACCUAGGGUAUAUAGUCACCUACUUCUCGCUGCCCGUACAAAAGUAUAUUACCUAGGGUAUAUAGUCACCUACUUCUCGCUGCCCGUACAAAAGUAUAUUACCUAGGGUAUAUAGUCACCUACUUCUCGCUGCCCGUACAAAAGUAUAUUACCUAGGGUAUAUAGUCACCUACUUCUCGCUGCCCGUACAAAAGUAUAUUACCUAGGGUAUAUAGUCACCUACUUCUCGCUGCCCGUACAAAAGUAUAUUACCUAGGGUAUAUAGUCACCUACUUCUCGCUGCCCGUACAAAAGUAUAUUACCUAGGGUAUAUAGUCACCUACUUCUCGCUGCCCGUACAAAAGUAUAUUACCUAGGGUAUAUAGUCACCUACUUCUCGCUGCCCGUACAAAAGUAUAUUACCUAGGGUAUAUAGUCACCUACUUCUCGCUGCCCGUACAAAAGUAUAUUACCUAGGGUAUAUAGUCACCUACUUCUCGCUGCCCGUACAAAAGUAUAUUACCUAGGGUAUAUAGUCACCUACUUCUCGCUGCCCGUACAAAAGUAUAUUACCUAGGGUAUAUAGUCACCUACUUCUCGCUGCCCGUACAAAAGUAUAUUACCUAGGGUAUAUAGUCACCUACUUCUCGCUGCCCGUACAAAAGUAUAUUACCUAGGGUAUAUAGUCACCUACUUCUCGCUGCCCGUACAAAAGUAUAUUACCUAGGGUAUAUAGUCACCUACUUCUCGCUGCCCGUACAAAAGUAUAUUACCUAGGGUAUAUAGUCACCUACUUCUCGCUGCCCGUACAAAAGUAUAUUACCUAGGGUAUAUAGUCACCUACUUCUCGCUGCCCGUACAAAAGUAUAUUACCUAGGGUAUAUAGUCACCUACUUCUCGCUGCCCGUACAAAAGUAUAUUACCUAGGGUAUAUAGUCACCUACUUCUCGCUGCCCGUACAAAAGUAUAUUACCUAGGGUAUAUAGUCACCUACUUCUCGCUGCCCGUACAAAAGUAUAUUACCUAGGGUAUAUAGUCACCUACUUCUCGCUGCCCGUACAAAAGUAUAUUACCUAGGGUAUAUAGUCACCUACUUCUCGCUGCCCGUACAAAAGUAUAUUACCUAGGGUAUAUAGUCACCUACUUCUCGCUGCCCGUACAAAAGUAUAUUACCUAGGGUAUAUAGUCACCUACUUCUCGCUGCCCGUACAAAAGUAUAUUACCUAGGGUAUAUAGUCACCUACUUCUCGCUGCCCGUACAAAAGUAUAUUACCUAGGGUAUAUAGUCACCUACUUCUCGCUGCCCGUACAAAAGUAUAUUACCUAGGGUAUAUAGUCACCUACUUCUCGCUGCCCGUACAAAAGUAUAUUACCUAGGGUAUAUAGUCACCUACUUCUCGCUGCCCGUACAAAAGUAUAUUACCUAGGGUAUAUAGUCACCUACUUCUCGCUGCCCGUACAAAAGUAUAUUACCUAGGGUAUAUAGUCACCUACUUCUCGCUGCCCGUACAAAAGUAUAUUACCUAGGGUAUAUAGUCACCUACUUCUCGCUGCCCGUACAAAAGUAUAUUACCUAGGGUAUAUAGUCACCUACUUCUCGCUGCCCGUACAAAAGUAUAUUACCUAGGGUAUAUAGUCACCUACUUCUCGCUGCCCGUACAAAAGUAUAUUACCUAGGGUAUAUAGUCACCUACUUCUCGCUGCCCGUACAAAAGUAUAUUACCUAGGGUAUAUAGUCACCUACUUCUCGCUGCCCGUACAAAAGUAUAUUACCUAGGGUAUAUAGUCACCUACUUCUCGCUGCCCGUACAAAAGUAUAUUACCUAGGGUAUAUAGUCACCUACUUCUCGCUGCCCGUACAAAAGUAUAUUACCUAGGGUAUAUAGUCACCUACUUCUCGCUGCCCGUACAAAAGUAUAUUACCUAGGGUAUAUAGUCACCUACUUCUCGCUGCCCGUACAAAAGUAUAUUACCUAGGGUAUAUAGUCACCUACUUCUCGCUGCCCGUACAAAAGUAUAUUACCUAGGGUAUAUAGUCACCUACUUCUCGCUGCCCGUACAAAAGUAUAUUACCUAGGGUAUAUAGUCACCUACUUCUCGCUGCCCGUACAAAAGUAUAUUACCUAGGGUAUAUAGUCACCUACUUCUCGCUGCCCGUACAAAAGUAUAUUACCUAGGGUAUAUAGUCACCUACUUCUCGCUGCCCGUACAAAAGUAUAUUACCUAGGGUAUAUAGUCACCUACUUCUCGCUGCCCGUACAAAAGUAUAUUACCUAGGGUAUAUAGUCACCUACUUCUCGCUGCCCGUACAAAAGUAUAUUACCUAGGGUAUAUAGUCACCUACUUCUCGCUGCCCGUACAAAAGUAUAUUACCUAGGGUAUAUAGUCACCUACUUCUCGCUGCCCGUACAAAAGUAUAUUACGCUUGUUAGGAUGAAGAUGUUAAUAGUUGCUUUUACUGACACACUAUUUGAUUAAAUAGCCAAUCUUUUGACAAGAUGUUGAUUAAAUUAAUAUUUUCUCAACAGGUAUAUACAACUUGAAAAUAAAUGUUCUGUUUCGAAAUCACGGACAAGUUCUCACUGUAUUCAUCAUUGAAAGUUUUUUAGUGUUUGA